AGAUUGCUUGAAGCUGAUGGCGUUUUCCUCAUGUCUCAUUCGUAAACAAAAGAGGUACUCGGGUAUUUGCUUUCUCUUUAUUAUUUAUCGGCAUUCCUUUUUGCCUUCCUCAUUUGUUUCGUUGGGGACGUCUCUCAUUUUUUUUUCCUACGCACCCAGAAGCAGAUGUACAACUCACGUCCAAACAAGAAGAUCAGAUCAAGUGGCAAUUUUUAAACAAAUCCACAAAUAAAAUCCAAUAAAUUGAAUCAAUUCAAUACUAUGGCUACUGUUCAAGAGCGUCUGCAACUAAAUCGUACCCCAUUGGAUAAAUGGUCGACGAGGGAACAGUUGGCUUUAGCCUCCGCUGUUUUGUCAAGUGGUGAUCAAAAUUGGAUGUCAGUGAGUCGCACUUUAAAAGUUCUAUGCGGAGGAAAUUCUAAAGACAAUUUGCAAUCACGUCCUGGCGAUUGGUUUUCGCAAAAAAAUUGUGCUGUUCAAUAUGGUCAUCUAUUGGAAGAUGUGGAGACGCCUAAGCGAAAGAAACGAACUUCGGAAAGUAGUUUGUCAUCAUCGCCACCGGUCGAAGCUCCCACUGAAGCCAUAGUUCGGCGUCUAACAGAAGAACGAAUGCAGGAAAUUAAACUGGAACUAAGAAGACAACAAGAGGAAUAUGCAAGCAUUGUAGCUGAAAUUAAAGCUUUGAAAACAGGUCGUUUGGGAGAUGAGGAAAUAUUACAAAUGUGGUCAGAUAUAGAAAAGGAACAGGAAAUGCUAAGAAUCGAAGAAAUGAAAAUGGAAAAUCAAUUAAGGGAGAGGGAGAUGCGCAAACAAGAAUUGCAAAGAAAUUGGCGUACAAGUGGUGGCCCUGUUCCCAGCAAUUCGUCAUCAUUGAGUUCACUAAAAUCCUCAACUGACACAACUGCUGUUGAUAUGGAUGUAGAGGAAAUUAUUGGAUCAACAAAACCAGUUACACCAAGUGGAAGUCACUCCAUGCAAAUUCCAACUGGAACAUCUCCACUGCUAACAUCACUUUUAAAGUCACCAACUGCGUCAAACUCUCCCAGUAACCUAAAUUCAUCUUCUGUUUCAGCUCGAGCCAGUGCUCCAACAAUUACAACUCUUCUUACCAGUGGUUCGAUACCAAAUCCCAAUCAACCUGCUCUUAUACCUGCAGGUGAUUCGGCAAUACAACUGCUAACAAGACCAAUAAGUGGACCACCUUUGGACUCGAGUUUAAACUCAAACACAAAUCAAAUAAACAUGAUAAGUCCAUCACAGUCAGCGCCCACCCUUUCUAUGUUAUUGGAAAAAAAUAAAUCUCCAUUGACUACGUCAACAGAACUAAAAGGUUUAGAAUCCACUGUGACUACUUCAACAAAUGCAGAAACCGUAAUUGUUUCCGCAAAUGAUUCCAAUAACGAAUCAAUACCUAUGGAUAUUGAAGAUGAUCUGCCGGUCACCACCACAAAUGCAGCGCAAGAUGCAGAUGACAUAGAUGAUACAGAUCCCAAUGAAGAACAACAACUGAUGGAAGUAUUUAAGAACAUUGGAAAUAUUGAUGAACUAGAUAUUGAUGUAUCAGAUGUUAUCGACGAGGAGGUUGAUUUUCUAAAGGGAGUAGAUGAAGAAGAAAGCGCUUUGGACGAGGCCGUUGGAGAUUUGGAACAAAAAUUGGAAGAUAAUGUUGUUUCUGAUAUUGUGGAAUGUAUAAAACAAGAUGAUCCCAGCUCAAUAAAUACAACAGUUGAUGUUAAGCAAGAAUCUUCGAUUCAACAGCCUGAAAGUGGUACUGAGGCAAAAACCAAAACAAAAACUGAAAUUAUAUCGAGUGAUGAUUCAAACGAUAAUAUACCCUUAGCGGCUGUAGCUUCCUUAGAGUCAUCCAAAGAUCGCAUUAAUGAUUCAUCGAAUGAAAGUAGUUUUUUAAAAGAACAGGAGGAGUCUGCAUUUCCAAAAAACGAACCAGCCGAUCGAGUAGAUACAGAAGAAGGUGAAUCUACGAAGCUAGAAAUUAAACAAGAGAUGUUGGAUGAACAUGAGCAAGCUUUAAUUGGCAAUGAAAAGUCCAACGGGGACAAUGAGAAGGUGGGCAUUGCCAAUUUAGAAGAUAAUAAAAAACAGGACAUAUUUGUUAUGCCUUCUACGGAGGACAGCAAAGCUAACAGCACUAUUAAAACGGAAUGUGAGGACGAUGCUCAGGGUAAUAACGAAGCAACAAUCGAAAAUGAUCCUAAUAAACAGAGGAAUGAGGUCGAUGAUUUAAAUGGUGAAUCAAAUCAUCCCCCUGAACAAGGUGAAAGCAGCGAAGCCCAUACUUUACAACCUCAAAGUGAUUUACAUAGUAUCGAAGGAAAUAUGGAUACAUCAUCAUCAUUAUCAAUGCUACAACCACCUCCAGCAAUUUCCGUAGCUGAUACAGAUGAAAACUCGUCAUCUACUGACAUAAGCGUUCAGACCCGUAAAGACGAAAAACUAUCUAACUCAAAGCGACAUUCCUCACAUUAUCAAAGAAAGAGUCCACAUGAUGCGAAGACUGAUGAUGAAAUGCCGAAUCCUUCUGCACAGAUGGCAGUUCCAAGCAGUAACAGUGUUGGUGGCUCAUUAACGCCCAGACCCACAGCAUUACGCAAAUUAAGGGAUCGCGAUCGUUCCGAAAGUCCCAUGAUAGAUGAUGAUGCAACUACACAAAGUGAUCAUUCUACAACAACUACAAAUCAGCGCUCAAGAAGGCGGUAUUCUUCAACUCCGGUAAUCGAUAGUAUACCAAAUUCACCAGCGUCCAGUGAUCGAGAUGAAUCACGUGAUCUGAGGACAUAUAAAAAAUCAUUACUCAGUAUUUAUAAUGUGCUACAAAACAGUAAGUAUGCUUCCACAAUUCAACGCAUACUAAGUGAUGAAACAACUCCCUACAAAUUGGAAGAAGUUUGCUUGAAACAAAUGGACUUUGCCAGUAUUAAAAAGAACAUAGAAUCUGGUGUCAUACGGUCCGCCUACGAGUUACAAAGGGAUAUUCUGCUUAUGUGUCAGAACGCAUUAUUUGUCACCAAGACCAAUUCCGCUGCAGGUAAAGCUAUCUUGGCGUUACAACAAGAAUGUCAACAUAUUCGUGAAUUUAUGCCGAACUUUUUAGAACCUCAUACCAAGUUGGACCGUGAUGUUCGAGACACUAAAUCCAGUGGUUCCACAUCUUCCUCCACAGGUGGAAGCACAUCUAAAGGAAGAAGUGGUUCAAGAAAAAGUUUACGUUUAUCUUAAGUUCUAGAGAUUAGAAAACAGAAAAUACAAAACAAUAAAUUAAACAUUGAUUUUAAAACCACAUAACAACAA